GGGUUGGGUGCCAGAGAGCGAGGGGUGCUCAGCCUUUUCCACGCGCUGCGCGGCUCCAGGCUAAACCCCGCAGGUUGUUACUGACGGUCUCCAGCGGGGCGCCGGGGCCGCAGCGCUCGCGCACAGCUCCCGAGGCUGGGACGUCCCGAGGCCCCGGCGAUAGAACCAGCCACCCCUCUCCGCUCGUUGCUGUGUACGUCAGCACGUAGGGGCACGUCUGUCGUUGCUAAGGGGAGCUCAACGUUCAGGGAGGAUGACGUAGUGACGCCGCAGCGCUGAGUAGAGGAAGGGGGAGGGUGCUGCUGCUGCUGUCGCUCCGGCCGAAUGCAAACUCUUCAGGCUGGGAUUGCUGCUUACUGAGAGUCAGUACAGUGCCUAGCACAGUGGAGCCCUAACAUUGGUUGGAAUCUCUUAAGUGCUUCUGGAAUAUAAAUAACAAGCUUGUUUGUUGAUUACAAUUAUAAUGAUACUGUGAUGGGUUGCCCCCCCCCUUUUUCAAUGUGCCACCUGAUGUAUUGAGGUUUGACUGAGCCAGCCUGCUCCACUAGCCUGGGCUCCCUCUCCUUGUUUUUCUGAAUCAGGCUCUUCGGCCUCUGGCAGCACACAGACACAGGCUGCCAAUACCAUCACUUCAUCAAGAUGAGUAAUAGUCACCCACUCCGUCCUUACACAGCUGUGGGGGAAAUUGACCAUGUUCACAUUUUGUCAGAGAAUGUUGGCGCUCUGAUGAAUGGGGAGGAGUAUAGUGAUGUUACCUUUAUUGUAGAAAAGAAACGUUUUCCUGCACAUAGAGUGAUUCUGGCUGCUAGAUGCCAUUAUUUCAGAGCAUUAUUAUAUGGUGGAAUGAGAGAAUCUCAGCCUGAAGCAGAAAUCCCUCUUCAGGAUACCACUGCAGAAGCAUUUACAAUGCUGCUGAAAUAUAUCUACACAGGCCGUGCUACAUUAAGAGAUGAGAAGGAAGAGGUCCUCCUGGAUUUCCUGAGCCUGGCUCACAAAUAUGGAUUCCCAGAAUUGGAGGAUUCCACCUCUGAGUAUCUUUGCACCAUACUUAAUAUUCAGAAUGUUUGUAUGACCUUUGAUGUUGCCAGUCUCUACUCACUCCCUAAACUGACUUGUAUGUGCUGUAUGUUUAUGGAUAGAAAUGCUCAAGAGGUGCUCUCCAGCGAAGGCUUUCUGUCACUUUCUAAGGCUGCUCUUCUAAAUGUUGUGCUGAGGGAUUCAUUUGCAGCACCUGAGAAGGAUAUUUUCCAGGCUUUGAUGAACUGGUGUAAACAUAACCCCAAGGAGAAUCAUGCUGAAAUCAUGCAGGCAGUACGCUUACCCCUGAUGAGUCUGACAGAACUACUAAAUGUUGUAAGACCUUCUGGAUUGCUGUCGCCUGAUGCCAUUUUGGAUGCCAUUAAAGUUCGUUCUGAAAGUCGGGACAUGGACCUCAACUACAGGGGCAUGCUAAUACCAGGUGAGAACAUUGCAACUAUGAAAUAUGGAGCCCAGGUUGUAAAAGGGGAGCUGAAGUCUGCUUUGCUAGAUGGGGACACACAGAAUUAUGACUUGGAUCAUGGCUUUUCCCGACACCCGAUUGAUGAUGACUGCCGUUCUGGCAUUGAAAUUAAACUAGGUCAGCCAUCGAUAAUCAACCACAUACGAAUACUACUCUGGGACAGAGAUAGCCGGUCUUAUUCCUACUACAUUGAGGUGUCCAUGGACGAGCUAGACUGGAUCCGCGUGAUCGAUCACUCUAAAUAUCUUUGUCGGUCCUGGCAGAAGCUGUAUUUUCCUGCCCGUGUCUGCAGGUACAUCCGAAUAGUUGGCACCCACAACACGGUGAACAAAGUUUUUCAUAUUGUGGCAUUUGAAUGCAUGUUUACCAACAAAACCUUCACUCUUGAGAAAGGUCUUAUAGUUCCCACUGAAAAUGUUGCAACAAUUGCAGACUGUGCCAGUGUGAUUGAGGGUGUAAGUCGAAGUCGCAAUGCCUUAUUGAAUGGAGAUACAAAGAAUUAUGACUGGGAUUCCGGGUACACAUGUCAUCAGCUAGGCAGUGGUGCUAUUGUGGUACAGCUAGCACAGCCAUUCAUGAUUGGAUCAAUACGGUUACUUCUCUGGGACUGUGAUGAUCGGAGCUAUAGUUACUACAUUGAGGUUUCCACUAAUCAGCAGCAAUGGACCAUGGUGGCUGAUCGAACAAAAGUUUCCUGCAAAUAUUUUAACCCUAUCAGGGCCAGUGGAGGGCAGGCGCCCCAUCACAUAGCCCCUAAAUCUUGGCAAGCAAUAACUUUUGACAGACAACCUGCAUCCUUCAUCAGAAUAGUUGGAACUCACAACACAGCUAAUGAGGUGUUUCACUGUGUGCAUUUUGAGUGUCCAGCACAAAACAAUGCCCACAAGGAAGAGGGUAAUGAGGAAGUGGUGACAACAGAACUGGGCACUGGCACACAACAGAUUGUUUCUCGCCCAGUUCGAGCCUCAAGCACCAGUUCUCUGCACUCCCUCACUGGAUCCACCUCACGUACACAUGCUCACCAACCAUAAAGGAGAGUGGAAUGGAGCUUUUGCAGUCUCUAUGAUGCUAUAUGAAAUUAUUCACCACCUUCUUCUACAGGCACCUUUUUUCUUGUUCUCUCAGUGAACAAAGUGGACCAUGCCUGGCAGCUGGAAAUGCUGAAAUGGAAAAGGCUUUCCAAGGACACAAAGGGGCUGCUUCACUCUCUUCAAUUUGUUCAAAUCAGGCUGGUCUCCGGGGGGAUAAAAUAGGUCUUCAAUCUAUAUCAAGUCCCCCAUUAACACCCUACCUCUCUAAUCUAACCAAGGAAAGGAGAAUGGAAGGAAAUAAAAGGCAGAGUCACAUUGGAAUACAAAAAUGGCAUAUGAACAGUAGACUGGAAGGAAUAUAAAUUAAUUAUUUGUUACCUGAAGGCACCUAUUAGGAAAUAGAAUGUUUAUCUUUAUGGCAUCACUAUGGAAAAUAGAUUGUUUUUAUUUUUUUAAAUUAUUCUUAAUCGAUAUUCCUUUGUAAAUUAUAAGCUGUUUUCUGAAUAAUUUUGACUGGGUGUCCGACUUUUCCCUUAUUUUCAGCUAUAGUACAUACAGUACAAUAGAUUAAGGAAGUAACAGGCAUGUAUAUCACCUGGUAUGACAAGGAAAAAACCCUCCUGAUAAAAACAAAUCAAUUUAUGGAUGCUGUAUUUAAUUCUGACUUUACUUGAAUUGUUGAGUUACAAAAUUGUCAUUUUUUAUCUAUGUUCCAAGUGGGAAAUUCCUAGUGAAGCUUCCAAUUUGACAAGCAGAUAAUUAUCUGCUUAAUUUAAAGAUGAUUCUUCAAGUUUUACUGAAAUUUCUACAAAAAUUAUUGUAAUUUGUCAAAUUUGUUGUUUGUGUUUAGAAAAGCAAAAUUACAGCUGACCGCUGACAUGCUGCUGAUCAGACUAAGCAAUACAAAAAUGAGAAUUUGCAGUCAAAGAAUUUUUAAAGAAAAUAAUAGACUACAGUGUUCAACUAGGGGUUUAAAAGCCACUGAUAAGCUUUUCUCAUAAUCUUCAUGGAAAAAAAUUAAUUUAACUAUUGUGGUUUGAUCUGACUCUUCAUUGGUUCUUGCUUUAGUAACUUACAUCUCAGUGUUACCUCUCCUUUGUAACUUGAUCAGAUUAUCUGUUUUUUCCUUAUCUUGAGCAUUUUUACAUUGUUAUCAUCAGGAUUCUGUAAUCUCCAGUCCACGUGACUUAGCAAAAGCUCCACAUCUCACUGAGCUUGCCAGUAUGGGAAGAAGAGGUUCUGUUUUUACACACACUAUUGAUGUAAUUUGGCAAAAAUAAUUAGGAAAGAUUGAUAUUUCUCCUGAAGUACCUGACCUUUGGAGCAUCUACUGUCCAAGUUUAUUGACCUGGAAUUUUUUUUUUCUGUUGGACUAACAUACCUUUGUCAGAACAAAACAAGAUGACAAGUCAGAGUUAGUCAAGUCAAAUAUGAUUUUCCUCUGUUUGAACAUAAUGAUAUAAUGAGUUAUAUAUCAAUCUAUCACACUGCUUAACCUGAAAGACUUUCUUUCUGAAUACCAGUUGGGCUAAAAGCAUGAAGGAACAGAUAGCAUGAUGGCUACAAAACAGCAGAGACUUGACAGAGAAGAAAAGAAACGCUUCCUCUUUCUGAUAUAUUUCCUGUAAAGUUGAAUAACUUUGGCAAUUUUAUCUUUUUUCCUUAUUACCAGACCCAUCUUCAGUCUUUCUCAUGUUAGCCCCUGUAUUCCCUCCCCAAACCCUUUGCCUCCAUUGCCUGAAUCAAGAUGGUUGUCAUUGGAGAUGCAUGGACAUUACAUGAUACAUUUUGAUGAGGUGUCAUGGCUACCCCUCACAGUGCUUAGCAGAGGUUCUCUGCAUACAGAAUGUUGCUCAUGAGCGAUCAGCUAGCACUGACUGCUGAUUACCACAUUUGUUUAGCAACUCUUAGCAUAGUGGAAGUCAGACUAAGUAUUGGGUACAGAGCCCUUUGAUUAACUUCAAGUACAGAGGUAGAAAAUUUUAGACUAAACUUUUCUUUAAAAAGAAACAAACAAAAACCCCAUGACAAUUGUAAUCUUUGCUGGACCUUUUGUUUUGACUUGCAUGGAGCCUGCCUUGCCUUUCUUGGGUUGAUCCUUCAGUGUCAGAGUUGGUGACACUGGCAAGAGACUACAAAUAAAUUUACAACUAAUUUCACCAUUCUCAGACUGCAAAUAAACAAAUUACAUCAUUCUCCAGUUUUGUUAGCUCUAAUUGCCACCAUUGUAGGGAGUGUUGUAACAUAAGAAUGAAAUAGAUCUGAUUCAAUUGUCCCUGGUUUUAGACUCUCUCAGGCAAAGUGCAGGAUUUUGAAUGUAUACUUCCCAGACAUGGACAAUUAUUUUGUAGAAUAUAGCUAAGCCAAAAAAAAGACUCUUUAGAAGCCAUCAGUCUACACCUCUCCUUCUGUCAUUCUCUUUGAUCUUGCCCUCUAAGACUUCAAAGAUAUCUAUAUAAUCUAGAUUUCUUAUUACAUCUACUAGCCAUCCAGGCCUCUGUUCACCCCUGUUCUGGGACAUGAAGAAUUUGAAAAAUUAACUUAUAGCAGAGUACAUGUGAGAGAUUCUCAAAGCGCAGAGCAACAGGACCUGUAGAACUUCAAAUACCCAAGAAAAGUAUAUGUUAGCCACAGCUGAGGUAAAUUACCUUAUCCUUCCUCACAAACAAAUAGGAUUUUUUUAACAUUAUGAUUCCCAGUCACAUCAUGCCUCUUUCACACACCUGUUAGUCCCCUGUCUGACAAUUAUUUGUGCUUUGAACCUGUCUCUGAAGUAAGCCAUUGUGUCUGUGUUGGCACCGAAUUUUCAAACCUUUAUAAGCCAAAAUAACCCCACUUUGCAUUUUGUGGUUUGAAUCUUUUAGUCUUGUAUAACAAGAAUGUUAAUGCUUUGGGAGUUGUAUGUUAUUGACCAUCUCAUUUUUGUUCAGUCUUUAAAAACCCAUAAAAUCUACUUAUUGCCCAGUAUGCUCUUCUGCCAUAAACAUUUUCUUUCAAUAUAAUGUGCCAGUGGUGAGGCAGGAGGAGGGCAUCACACAGAAUUAAUUUAUAUUUUGGUAUAAAUGUCCUCAUCUUUUUCCAGUUUUUUUAUAUUUAGUUUUUAUAUAUAGUUUAGUUUUUCUUCAUUAUGGGAUUGCUGCUUAAUUGAAUUCUGGUUAUUCAUGUAUGAUUUUUGUCAACCCUGCUCUGAGUUUUUAGCUUGUUUCCUGAUGGAAAUAACUAAAAGCAUAGUUGAGCUGCCAAGAUGUACCAUUAAAAAGUGUGUCCCUUCAGGAUGAUGGGAUAUAUACAGUUGCUCUGAACUAUAUAGCAUACAUGUAUGUUUUAUCUGUGACUAAGAUAAAACAGGACUGACCAGAUGUUCUCUUGUCUCCUGUCAGACUAUAAGAGUUUUGUUGUUAUAUCUCUAUGCUAAUAGCAUUUGUUUAUAUUCUCAUUAUAGAGACAUUGUUUCUAUUUAGCACUUAAAUGGACUUUGACAUUAAAAAUGAUAAACUCCACCCUCAGAUUUUCCCUAUUUUUUUUCAUUUCCUCUGUUUUCUCCCAAUGCUAGCUUCAGUUUAGACUAGCGUCAAGCUCACGUGGUGCUCAGCAGAGUUACCUUUAAAGUUUCCUUUUUUAAUUAAGUGUCUCUUUCUUCCAAAUACAUUAAAAACACUUUUAUUCCCGGAAACGUCUGGCAUCAAACCAAACCAUAUUUUCAGCAAGAGUAGGCUGUAUUUGUAAAACUGAUUUCUCUGGGAAAAUUAGUUUUUGAAUUGAGCAAAAAUUGCUCAGCUCUGUGUUCCAAACCAUUGUCAAGCAACCCUACAAACAAGCUCCUGAAAGAUCAGUUUAGACUUUCUUUAAUUUAAAAAGCAACAAAAAUAUAAUUUUGUCUUUCUCUAGCAAAGGAAACCAGUGUACCACUGAAAUAAGCAAGUAUUUUUAUUUUUCCAUGGAGGGACAUUUGAUAAUGCAGAGGCACAGUUUCCCAUUUCAUGAGAUUUCAUUUAAGAAGUUCCUUUUGACAAUGAAGCAAUGUGGUAAAAAGCAAAGAAAAUUAAAUUUGUUUUCUUCCAGGAAUUUGAAGUGUGUACUUUUUAUUUUUUGUUAACUUCUGCAAAAGUGACAUGUUCAGUCUGAACUAUAACAAAACAAGUGAAUCCAAGGCCAAUGUGAGACGUUUAGCAGAGAGGUGAAAUUAGCCUUUUUCAUGUAGAGGGAACUUGGUGCUUUAGUGCAGUUGGCUUCCUCUGGAGCGUCAUUUAUUUCUCUUUCUUUAGAAAUCAGUUCUGCAGAUUUUGUCCUGACUACAACUCCCACUGGAGUUCAGUGCUUAUUAGUGCUGUGUAAAAUUCUAAUGCAGUUAAUGUAUCUUCACCUUAAUGUAUUUUGAUUAUUAUAACAUUAAAUUAGAGAAUUUUCUGUAUGGUAUCUGCCUUGAUAAGAUGGUAGGUUCUUCUGAUAGAGGAAGAAGGGGACAGGUCAUGAUUAAGGGACUACUUGACUUGUGGGAUGAUUGUCAUAUAAUUGUGGUUGAGUUGCAGACAAUACAUGGGAAAUUGCGGAAAGGUAAUAAUGGACCUAUAUUACUUGCGGUAAUUUGGGAAACCUGCUCCCUCUAUCAUCCGUGCAUGGGAUUGACAGUGGAAGCUCUCACUGUCAGCCACCUGGCUAGUGGAUGGGGCUCCCACUGUCAGCCGUAGGUGGGACUGAGGGAUGAGGCUCCCACUGUCAGUCACUCUUCUGACGGCGGGGCUCCUGCUGUCAGCCAUGCAUGGGGCUGAGGGCCAGGGCUCCCACUGUCAGCGCCCAUCUGAUGGCCGGCUUCCACUAUCAGCCCUGCACAUGGCUAGGCUCCUGCUGUCAGCUGCCAUACUGACAAAAUUGCAGUGGAAGCCUAAUAUUGCAGAAUCCACAAUUCCUGCAAUAUUGCAAGUUAAGUAGGGCCUUAAUCAUGAUGUUGGUGAUUCAGUACUGUAGGUAUAUGAAACUGAUUUUUCAGGGUUUCUUAAAUGGACAAAAUAUGAAGUUUUACUAUCUACAGAUCAUUUAACAAUAUUAUGCAUAGCUAGAGUCAAUGAAGAGACUAGAAGGUAAAGUUACUAGAGUUUAUUAUUGCAUUGUUAGAUAGAGCUUACUAGUUCUGUUUGACCAAAAUGUAUGGUAUUCCCACCCAAGAAUAUAGAAUAUGGAAUCAGAGACUAGACUAACUCAGUUAUUGAACUUUUCUGGCAAAUGGGAAUUUUAUAAUUAUUUUCCUUUUAGGAAAUAUUUGUUGUCUUUAUAUAAGUUUUGAAAGGUGCUCAGAUACCAUUGGGGUGAGUUUGGAAUACGUUUUUAGGAAGAUAUAGUAGUGAUUGUGGUAGCCUUUGGGAAACAUCAAAGCCAAUAAAAACAACAAUCUUAUGCACGCAUGAAGUCAAAUUAGCUGCCAUGGUGCAAGGACAUAUUUUAGAAAUAUUAAUUUACAGGUUCCAGAGUCUAGGGCCUGAUUACCCACUGCCUCCCAAUUGUGUAUCUAUUAAUGAUUUAUUUAAGCUACAGACUUGAUCUUGUAGGUUAAUUGAUUGCCUGCUCAUUUGAGUUAUCUAAUAGAAUUGUAAAUGCAGUGGUGGUGUAACCACGGUAGCCCUGGGAUAUUAGAGACAAGAUGAGUGAGGUAAUAUCUUUUACUGGACCAACUU